CUUGGAGACGAAUUACAGACGAAGAGGGUAUAUGGACUAGCAGUGAUGAUGUUAUUAUUGCUGUGAAGGGAUUGGCUAGACUGUACCAAACAUACGACUUAGAUCUCAAAACGAUGAUGUCCGGAACAAUUCUAAACACGACAGCAUCACCGCUAACAAGUUCUGACGUCAUUAAUAUUGCAAACUAUCUGGAGUUAGAGGGUCAAAUCAAUUGGUAUCAAACUUUUCUUGAUUUACCUGACGUCACCGAUAAGGAAUCUAUAUCAUAUAAGCUGGCUAUGGCUUACUACAAGGCAGGCAUGUCACGAAAAGCAUUAGACAUUCUUACAGAGCUUCAAAAGACAAGUACUCGGUCUAUGGGGACCAUUAUUUUGACAAUCAGACAAAAAGCUGAAUCUCCUGAAAAGAACAAACCCCAGGAGAAGCCGAUGGACCCAGGAGGUUAUGUAGACAACGCGUACCGACAGCUUUGUCGAGGACAUAUGCAGAAAUCCAGAUAUGCACACGUCCUUUUUUGUUACAACAAGGCGACCCGAAUUCCCUACUACACAGUAAAAGAAGAAGUAAUGAGCCACGUACCUCGGGUAUCAAGGUUCUACGAUAUAAUAUCAGACGAAGACAUUUCACAUCUUCAGAAUACAGUUAAGCAAAAUUUAACGCGGGGUCGUGUCAUCAGUGAUGGAGUUGGUCUAUCUGAUGACAGCAGGACUGGAGAAAGUGCAUAUGUGAAAAUUGCGACGAACAUUUGUUUAAAGCUGGAGAAAAGGAUCGAACUAUUAACAGGCCUGGAUGCAACCGUACGAAAGGAUAUAAAAACGUCCGAGAAAUUCCAGGUGGUGAACUACGGUAUCGGCGGACAUUAUGAUUGUCACCUUGAUUCUCUAUACAGACGGAACAGAGCGGAUAUUACAGACGGCAAUUAUACUAUCGGUGACAGAAUAGCUACAUGGAUGUUUUACCUUAACGAUGUGAAAGCUGGAGGAGCUACAGUCUUCCCUAAAAUCAAUCUGAGGAUACUUCCAGUCAAAGGUUCUGCUGUGUUCUGGUACAACCUGCUGCCGAGCGGUGAGGUCGAUGACCGAUCAGAGCACGCGGCUUGUCCAGUGAUACUCGGGACAAAAUGGGUUACCACAAAGUGGAUACGGGAAACUGGCCAGGAACUACGGAAACCCUGCAAAACACAUCCCAUGGCGGAGCAUUUUUGACUUUAACUUUUUUACAACCAACCAUACGAUUAUUAAAGAUCCCAAGACAAUGUUAAA